AUUUUUUCGAUCUGCGCAAAUUUGGCCUCUUGUGAACAUCUUUUUAGUCUUUUUGGCACAGUACUCACAAAACUUUGUUUGCGUCUCAGUCUUAAAGGCCUCACAGACUUGGCAGAAUUGCGCUUGCAUUUGCGAGACGAGUAUAUGCAGAUGGGGGACAAAAAGGGCUGUCUGUAUCGCAUAAGGAAAAUCAUCCCCGACCCACUACCCCCACCAGCCAUUGUGACUAUAACUCCUGCAGACUUGGACUCUGUUCCUGACGAUCUAUCAUCAGAGUCUGAGCAGCCGGAAACACAGGAUGGAGACACCACUGAUGAUGACCACUCACUUGGGCACAUUGCAUCCAUUCUUGCACAGCACUCAUUGGAAGACGAGGACCCCAUAGACAUGGGGUUUGCAUUCAAUGAUAUCCCCCUUCAACAACUUUUCAACUUCGAAGACGAGAGCUGGGUAAAAAUGACUGAAGUGUUCAGGAUGAGAUCAAUUGAUGAUGAAUUCGAGUUUUACGAGUUAGUCAACAUGGAUGCGGAAGGUGAAGAUGAUGAGCAAAUGUUCAAUGACAUGAUGAGUAGUACAAUCUAG